AUGAAAAGGAGCCUCAACAGGCGCCACAUAAACAUGAUCUCCCUCGCCGGCAUGAUCGGAACUGGCUUAUUUCUUGCCAGCGGGCAAGCAUUGGCCGUCGCAGGCCCUGUCGGCGCCCUCUUCGGUUUCACUUUCAUGGGUUUUAUCACCGCUGAGGUUGCGCUGACGAGUGGCGAGCUAUCUGCCUUCAUGCCCGUCUCUGGAGGCUUCGUGAGGCAUGCCACCCACUUCAUUCAGCCUGCCUUUGGUGCAGCCACGGGCUGGAACUACUGGUAUAUGAUGGCAAUCACGGGUCCCGCUGAAAUCAGUGCAGCUGCCACGCUCAUCAAUUUCUGGGAACAUGAUAUUAAUGCCGCCGUGUGGUACAGCGUCUUCAUCGUGCUGUUGGCAAUCAUGUGCUUUUGCGGAGCUCGAGUUUAUGGUGAAUCGGAGGUAUUCUUCUCAACGCUUAAGAUCCUCCUGAUCGUUGGGCUCAUCCUCGCUGGACUCAUCGUUGACCUCGGCGGUUCGCCCAGCCACCAUCGCAUUGGCUUUCAAUAUUGGAAGAAUCCAGGACCUUUCCACGCCUACCUUGUGGACGGAAACACCGGCAAGUUCCUAGGCUUCUGGAGCACCUUGAUCUCGGCUGCAUACAGCUACGGCAAUAUUCAAGUCGUGGCGUUGGCAGGUGCUGAGACUCAGAACCCCCGGAAUAAGGUCAUACCGGACGCCAUGAGAAUGACCUUCUGGCGUAUCCUCGUUUUCUAUAUCAUCAGCAUAUUUAUCGUUGGCUUACUUGUGCCAUACAACGAUCCAAACCUCGGCACCUCUACGGGGACCGCCCAGCAGAGCCCCUUUGUCAUUGCUUUCAACAGAGUUGGCAUCAAAGUGCUCCCAUCGAUCAUCAAUGCUGUCCUUGUGACCUCUGCCUUUAGCUGCGGGGCUGCAUGCAUCUUCCUCGCCUCACGAGUCCUUUACGGUCUGGCUGAGGAAGGUCAGGCACCCAAAUUCUUUCUCAAAACCAACCGACUUGGGUCUCCAUACCUCGCUGUCGCAGCCUCUCUCAUCUUCCUCCCAUUGGUGUACCUCAGUCUGGGUAGCAACUCAUCUGUCGUCUUUGGCUGGUUUGUCAACAUCGCCACAAUAGCUGCGAUGAUCUCGUGGUUUAUCAUUGAAGUCACAUAUUUGCGUUUCUUCUACGCUCUGAAGGUGCAGGGUAUCAGCCGGGACCGCCUUCCUUACAAGAGCCCUUUCCAGCCAUAUGCGGCUUGGGCGAAUGCAUUCGUCCUGGCUUGCGUCAUUUUGUUCACUGGAUAUAGUGUCUUUCUCAACGGCCAUUGGAGCGUGGAUAGCUUUCUCACGAGCUAUAUUGGCAUUCCCAUUUUUCUCGUUCUCUGGGCAGGUGCUUGGGCUUAUUAUCGGACUGGUUUUGUCUCUUUGCACGCAAUGGAUCUGUCCGAGAUCGAGACAAUCGAAAGAGAGAAACUCGGGCAUCAUGAUGAGAAGCUCCCUUGGUAUAGGGUUCUUUUCUAG